GGGCGGCCGGCGCGUUGCUAGGCGGAGCGCGCCCUGGUAACGGCCGCCGGGCCCGCUCUGCCCCGCCGCUGCGGGGAGCACACCCCCCCCCCCCCCUCCGGGCCUGCCGUGGGGGUCCCGCCGGGGAGCAGGAGCGUUGGAGGUCUGCUUCGCGUCCCAAGAGCUGGCGUCCUUCGGCGUCCCCUGCGGUAGCCCCGGGUAACCCUAUGGAGAGGGGCCUGCGGAAUGCCGUAGUCUUUAAUGCCUCUAAAGGGGAGACUUUUACUCUCGCCAGCAGCUACAAAUCCUUGCGCAAAAGGCUUCGCGGUAACUGGAAGGUGCAGAGCUUAAAAGAUGAGAUCACAUCUGAGAAACUGUUUGGGGUGAAAUUGUGGAUUACAGCAGGGCCAAGGGAAAAGUUCAGUGCUGCUGAGUUUUCGGUCCUGAAGAAAUUCCUGGAGGAUGGUGGAGCCAUCCUGGUGAUGCUAAGAGAAGGCGGAGAGUCCCGACAUGGCACAAAUAUUAACUUUCUGUUAGAAGAAUAUGGGAUCGUUUUCAAUAAUGAUGCUGUAGUACGAAAUGUAUAUUACAAGUACCACCACCCAAAAGAAGCACUGAUCUCUGAUGGAGUUUUGAACAGGGGAAUCAGUGAAGCUGCAAGAAAAACAGUGCUUGAGACAACAGAUGAAGAUGGAAGUGGACAUGACUCACAAGCUCUCACUUUUGUGUAUCCAUUUGGUGCCACGCUGAAUGUGAUGAAACCAGCAGUGGCUAUUCUGUCAACAGGAUCUGUCUGCUUCCCGCUCAACAGGCCUAUUCUUGCUUUCUAUCAGCAUGAGAGUCAAGGUGGGAAGAUGGCAGCGCUGGGAUCUUCCCACAUGUUCAGUGAUCAAUAUUUAGAUAAAGAAGAAAAUGGUAAGAUCAUGGAUGUGCUUUUCCAGUGGCUCACAACAUCAGAUAUCCAUUUAAACCAGAUGGAUAUGGAGGAUCCUGAGAUUUCAGAUUAUACCAUGCUCCCAGACACAGCUGCACUGUCUGAGCAAUUGCGAGUCUGUCUGCAAGAAGGAGAUGAGAACCCAAGAGACUUCACAAAGCUGUUUGAUACAUCCCUUUAUCAGCUGGACACAACUGCCCUCCCUUCAGUUAUCAAAGCUUAUGAACAGCUGAAUGUGAAGCAUGAACCCCUCCAACUCAUUCAGCCUCAAUUUGAGACUCCACUACCUGUCCUCCAGCCAGCUGUGUUUCCACCUGCUUUCAGAGAAUUGCCUCCUCCCCCUCUGGAGCUGUUUGACUUGGAUGAAACUUUUUCCUCUGAGAAAGCUCGUCUUGCAGAGAUUACAAACAAAUGUACUGAUGAUGACCUGGAGUUUUAUGUACGAAAAUGUGGCGAUAUCCUAGGAGUAACAAGUAAACUCCCAAAGGAGAAGCAACAUGCCAAACAUAUCCUCGAGCACAUCUUCUUCCAAGUGGUUGAGUUUAAGAAACUGAAUCAGGAACAUGAUACUGACACAAGUGAAGCUGGAUUCCAGAAUGGUAACUGAGACCUGGCUUUCCCCAGUUUGAGAUAGACCUUUUAGUAAAAACAUACUUCUCCAUUUUUUAUAACAUCUACGCUCAGUGUAUUGAUUGGGCCUGUCUCAGUAAUUCACUGAAUGUUUGGAUCACUUACGUGUAGUAGUUUGGAUAAUUAAUGCCUUUGGAGGAAGUGCUUGCAUUUUGCAAUCACUUUCCAAAUAAUUUCCUAUUUUUCUACUUCUUUUUUGAAACUGUAAUUUUGUAAUAUAUGAAAAAAAAAUCUUAUACUAAGAAAAUGUGGUUUGGGUCCUUCUUUCUGGCUCCAGUAUUUAUUUUCUUGUAGAAAGGCUUAUUGUGGGUUCUCCUGGUGUACAGGUAGUCUUAACAGUCUUUCCCACAGUGCAAUUAUUUUGGUUUGUGAACUGUGGAAGAGAAAAUACAGCCAUAAAUAACAGCAGCUGCUGAAAAUAUGCUAGACUGUUGCCCUGAGGCAGUCAUCUUUUGUCUCUCUGCCAAAGUGAACCAAGGAGAGGUGGGUUACUGUAGAAAGGGAAACAUUUCUUCCAGGGGAGGGGAAGAAUUGAAAUUAAGCAAUAAUGACAUGUUGCAGAUCGCUGCCUCAUGUAAGACUGGAAACAUAUAAUUUUAAAAGAAGGGACAGCAUUUGGAUGAAGACGACUUUAAGAUUUAAUAGAUCAUUAUUAAGAAAAUGUGGUAAUGUGUAGAAACUCAGGAAUAUUUUUACUUACAGUUAUUUGAUAUCUAGCCUGUUCCCAGAGAUAGUGAGAUAGGUAAUGCACGAGAAUGGAAAUUCAAGUGAAAUUCAUUGAGCAUGAAAUGUUGAAGCUCAAUGCACAGCAAAAAUAGAGCCAAGGAUAUGAGUGGUGAGGACAUUUGUCAACAUCAUUAUGUCAUUGUUGCAAGGACUUUUUUUAUAUGAACAUUGAGAUUGCACUUUGACAUCCAAAAAAUUUUGUAUUUAGUCUGACACCCAAACUCUGAAAACUAAAUUUUUCCCUCACUCAAGCCUUCUUUGCAGCCAUUGUGACACCUGUGCUUUAUCUUGCUCCACUGUGUUUUUUAACAUCAAAUUGCCUUUUACAAAAGAUCUGUUCAUCUUUUAUCCCACAAAAAGUAAUUUCUUACAUUGCUUCACACUUUGGAUGUUUUUUUUUUCUAACGAAGGUGCCCCAAAGCACCUGCCAAGUUACUGACCAGUCGAGACGUGCCAGUACAACGUUAGCAGAAGCAGCUGUAUCUCUGCCUCCUCUGCAGACAUGCCUUUUUCAUAGCAGCAUAUUUGAAAUUUUUCAUUUCUUCCUCUUUUAUUUAUUUUUCUUUCAUGAUGUGGUUGUGUUUGUCACACAGAACACUUCCUACAGUCCAGCUACAGAUUUACACAAUAAGCUUAAUCUUUCCUCUGCAGUAUCAAUACCAAUCAGUCAACCGGCACAGACUGCAGUUGAACCAAACAACUGUGCAAUCCUCUUGCUAAUUAUAGCGCCGGUUUGUACUGUUCUGUGAUGUUUAUACUUCAAACUGUAAAUACAUUCUCUUUCUGGGCCCUUUUUCUGAGUUGUUUUUGUCACCUCUUCCUGAUAUUGUAAUAUG